AUGGCGGGAAGAGUCCAUCUAGUUCGCCAUGCCGAGGGCCUCCACAAUCUUCGUCGGGACCUCGAAAUCGCUGAUGCGCAGUUGACUCACCGUGGGCAUGACGCUGCAGAAGCCCUGGGGCGGCAGUUUGUCAAGGACAGCACCGAUUCCGUAGGAGCCAUCUUCGCGUCGCCCCUCCGUCGAACCAUUGAGACCUCUCUCGAGACCUUCCAUCGGGUUCUAAGCCCUGCUCAUUACCCACACAAUUCGGGUAAGGGCGCACGGGCGUGGGGCGUGAGUUUGAUCCUCAAUCCGGAUCUACAGGAGAUCAGCGACUAUCCUUGCAAUACCGGGUCGGCCCCAGCAGAUCUACUUGCAGAGUUCCCCGAGCUCAAAUCUCAGAUCCAAAGCCUACCUCCGAAGUGGUUCGAGAAGGAAGGUGAUUGGGAGCCCACCGAUGAAGCCGUAAUUGCACGAAAAAGCCGGAUUUUGAAACUUCUUUGGAUUACUUCUCAGCAACUGCAAAGUGCUACUGAUGCCGAACAAAAGAAAAGAUCAGAUAUCGUGGUUGUGACGCAUGAAGGCAUCAUCUUGACGCUCGUGCCAAACGCAGACAUCCAACUAGCCUCUUAUAAGACAUUUACGCUGAGCAAGGACGCUCAGGGCAAGAUUUCGCUGAUCUGA